AUGCUCCAGACAAUCUCAAACUUACAUCACCAGAUAUUCAGAGAUAUUAUAAAUGCAUUUGCUGUUGAGACAACGAAAGCUAUUGUACAUGAUAUGAGAAGUGAAUUUUUCUCCAUAUUAGUUGAUGAGUGUCGAGAUGUAUCUGUCAAAGAGCAAAUGGGUGUUGUGGUGCGAUAUGUGGACAAGAAUGGAUGUGGUAUAGAACGUUUUCUUGGUGUUGUUCAUGUUAGUGAUACAACUGCAACCUCACUUGAGAAAGCACUUGAUUAUUUGUUAUCUACUUAUGAUUUAAGUAUAUCUAGUUUGAGAGGUCAAGGAUAUGAUGGCGCAAGCAACAUGAGAGGAGAAUUCAAUGGGUUGAAGAGUUUGAUACUCAAGAGAAAUUCCAGUGCUUAUUAUGUACAUUGCUUUGCUCAUCAGCUUCAGCUCACGAUUGUUGCUGUUGCUAAAAAACAUAAAAUUGUCGGAUCUUUUUAUAAUUCUAUCUCUCGUUUGUGUAAUACUGUUGGAGGUUCUUGUAAGCGCAGAGAUAUACUUCGGGAGAAAUAG